AUGAAUCGUAUUUACGAGACACAUUUUGGCCCGGAGGUUGAGACUCGUGCUCAUUUGGGAUGUAAGACCGCUUGGUCCAACCAGGGGCUCAUCGCCUACACCGUAGAGCGGAUGCUCAACGGACAGACCUUCAUGGAGAUGCACAUAAAAAACUCGGAGGUGCCCUGGGUCGAGCACAUUAUCCAGUUUCCAGUGGGAAGGGAGGUCACCGCGCUCAAAUGGAACAAUACAGGCGACAAAAUCCUUGUCGGCGACUCCCACGGGCGAAUAUCGAUGUACACCAUGGUCGAGAACUCGAGCACAAAGUGGAAGCAAUCUUUGGUGAUCGAAGACCGCUGCGACCCGAUCAUCGCCGUCGGCUGGUACCAUCCGGGCAUCAAGUUCGAAAUCCACAUCGACAAGGUCAUGACUCCGCCGGGCAGCGAUCCGCCCAGCUUGAAGGAGAAAAUAACCAGGGAGAAGUUUUCACCGACGCUUGCCACUCGCGGUGGAAAUGCCUACGAAGGCGUUUUUGCCUUGACAAAGCUGGGCCGCUUCGUAACGAGCCUGACGGAGUCGAACGAAGAACCAGUCUGGACGAAAAUCGGAGGAAUGAUGAACGUGAAAUUCUGCGGCUAUGCUUACAACGCUGAUGGAAAGAUCACCGUCGCCAUGUCCUCUGGCUUGAUCAACGAAAACGCCUUGAGCAUUACUGAACCCAAUAAAAGCUACAGCAAUGACCGCAAAUCGUGCGUCUCCUGGUGGAUGAAAACUCGGCAGCACAAAGUCCUCCCAAAGUUUCUCGGCGGCGGCUGCAACGUUGUCGAUUGGAUGCAGUGCAAAUCGACGCAGCUGCCGCGUAUUUUUCAUCUGACUUCGCAGAACUUUCCGCUACUCACGAAGAAGAUAACUCUGUCCACUUUUUCGUGUGGGGAUCUGUUGGCGGCAACUUGUCUCGAUGGGAACUUGUAUCUCAUUCAAAAGCUGAGUCUGAAAAGGACGCUGCAAAUCGAGCCCAGAAAGGAUCUCGUCCACCCUGGAAGAGCGACCAAGGAAGGCCAAGAAAACAUGAUCACCUACUGCUCGAUAGCUUUCUCGCCCUCCGGAUGCGCCUUGUUAGGACUCGACAACAACAGCAAUCUUUACGUUUCGCAAGUAAAUCCGUGGCUAGAAGCGGAACUGCCCGUGCAAAUGAAAGAAGAAGCUAUCCAACUGUUCCUGGAGUACAGUCUUCUCUCGGACACUGACUGUUGGGACGCACGACUGUUGGUUCAAAAUCACUCCAUGGCAAACGCCUUGAUCACCAAGCUCAAGAGCUCAAUUGCCGCUGACCCCGAGUUUCACGUUUUUAAUCGUCGUUUUGACGCAGAGUGUCUUCUUCUCUGGUCGCUUUUCCCUUCCUACGAGCCGGAGUAUUCGUCGAAGAUGUCCACGCUUUUGACGACAGCUGUUCUGGAGCUUUUCAUAAGUUUCCUCCGUCCAACGGGAGCUAGUUUGAAUGAAGAAAACUUUGACCUUCGCGAACGGCUCUCGCAGAUAGCAGACUCGAACGAGAACCUCGACGACUUGCUGAACGUAAUGAUGAAUACCUUCGAAACGAACAUGCGCAUUCUCCAAUCUGUUGGCCACCUAAUCCAGUGGAUGGCCACGCACAUCAUCUCCCAGGUCACCAAGCUCCGCUCUCAUUCGUUAACGUCGAAUGAGAUUUCAAUUUCGCGGCGAAUCCUUCUUAUCAUGAAGCUCUGGACCACUCUGCACAACAACUGCAGUCCCCUCUACACGAUCAAAGACGUCAAGUGCGACCCGCUCUCUGAAUCGUACGCUAUUCUUUCAAAAGCGGCUGCGGCCCAACAACUCGGCGAAAACAUUCCAAUGGAGCUGUACGAUUCGUGCGAGCUGUUAAAGUGUCGCGUCUCGACGGGAGAAGUGAGCAUGAAGAAGCCGCACGUGACGAGUCUGAAGGGACGGACCUUCCAAGUGGGCAAGUCGGAGACGAAACGGGCCGCCUUGAUGGUCGUGGACACCGAUUUCGUGCGCCGCACAAUUGUCGGCCGCGAAGAAACUCGAGAUCUAAGGCACUGCUCGCGCUCCGGAGCGUAUACCUACAAUCGUCAGGAAUCGCUGAUUUCGGGCUGGGACCACCGAUUCCUCAAGCGCUCGAUGUGCGGCGGCCUGUGGACGAACAUCAGCUCCAGCCCCGUGAAAAAGCCAUUCCUUCAAUCUUCUCUGAGCCAGGAGUUUCUUUAA